AGUGUAAUAUAAAAGUGGGAGUGUUUUGUAACAAAUCCCAUAACUGAUUCCAUCGACCAAUUAUGAUUCUCGGCUGGGCAAAGCAAAUACAUUAGUUCAAUGAACGAGUGAAUGGAAACAACAAUAUCAUUAGUCAACAUACAUUGGCUAGCUUCGUUCUGUGUAUCCAUGUCAUUACAAAUUCAGCACAGAUGAUAUGAUAAAUCGCACGAAUAAGUUUACCUUAUAUCAUGUAUUUCAGAAACCAAUCCAGGCAUCCUGUGCGAAUAGAAUCUAUUGCAUAGAUAUCACAAGAAUUUCAUAAAAUAAAAUAUCAAUUACAAUGUACAACUUGAGAAAUACAAUAUCCCAAGAUGCACUACUUAACUUCCAGUCCAAACUUAUCAGUCAAAUUGUGAUCACUUACUUCCUAGAAGUAUACACCAUUUGCCGAAUAGUUAAUCAAACGAAAUCAACCAACAAACCAUUCCUGAACAUCCAAUCUGAUCUACCGAUAGCAGUCGUUUACCCACAAGAAACCGCCGAUCUCCUUCACAGUCCAAUGGUGCAAGCAAUAGAACUGGGCUGCACCCACUUCCUAGUAGAUGAAGAUGCCCUCCCGUACUUCCUCGAUCAUUACAUAUCAAUCCACGACGAAACCUUGUUUCGAAGGCCGGAAAAGUACGUUCUCAUUGCAGUACAGUCCAUCGGAACAGCACAAGCUUCGCUGAUGAAAGCUGUUCAAUUGCACCCAUCGCUUCAAGAUAUUGCCAAUUUGCUUCUGGUGGUUCCCAACGCGGCAAAAUUUGAACUGAUUACCCAUCGCUACGUUGGAAAUGCUCCCAAUUCGUUGGAUUGGAUCCAUCUGGAUACGUACGAUCCGGAAACAGGAUUGUUCAUGGCAGAUGCUAACCUGUUUCCUGACAAAUUGAGCAAUCUCAUGGGUAAAACAUUGAAGGUGGCAACGUUCUAUCUACUUCCGUGGUCCAUGAUGCGCCAAACAGACGAUGGAAUCGUUCGAUAUCUGGAUCAGCAGUACACGAUCGAUGGGCUCGAUGGGUACAUAUUGAUCCAAUUCUGUCUGUGGUAUAACUGUACCUGGGAGCUGUAUUGUGAUCAGGCGAACCAAUACGGGCAAGUAUUCCCCAAUCGAACGGGGAAUGGAAUGAUCGGAGCGUUGAUAGAACGGAAAGUUGACUUCGCGAUCGGCGCCGUCGGAGGCUGGUAUCAGCUAUUUCAGUACUUCAGUUUCUCCAAUCCAGUGCAAUGGAUCGGGAUCACGUGCCUCGCACCAAGACCAGGGCUCAUUGAGUACUGGCGCAUCGUUUUCAUGAUGUUUGCUGAAAGCGUAUGGGGGAUACUGAUCCUCACGUUCAUAAUGGUUUCCAUGCUCCAGUAUCUGCUACCUCCUCCGGACCUACCGGAAUCGCACUCACAACGAAGUUUCUCGUGGAUAGUGAUCAACUUGCUGUGUGCCUUCCUGCUACUACCUUCUAACCUGCGACGAGAUCCACUUUCGGACGUGAUUCUAUCUUCAACGCUAUCCGUUUUCACCCUGACCGUGGCCUAUGUCUACAUCGGUAAGAUUCAUAGCAUUUUGGCGUUCCCAGUGUACGAACCUCCUAUAGAUACCAUACUGGAUCUGGCGGUUAGCGGAAUUCCGUGGAAUGCACCACACGAAGCGUGGAUGUACGCACUAGUAGGAACAGAAAACCCCAACGUUCAGAAAGUGCUCACGACCUUCCGGGUACCUCCAAUUGAAGACAUACCGAUUAUUGCAGAUGAGGGUAAAGAGGCCAUCAUUAUGGCGCUGCUCAACUAUGGUCAUUCGAUGGUAGGCACCUGGUUUGAUGCGAAAAAUAUCGAAAACUACCGGCUUAUGACGGAGCUGUUGUAUUUCGAGUACGACACGGGAUACGCGACCAAAACGUGGCCCCUGCUGGAUCGAUUUGACCGAUUGGCCAUGUGGAUCCGGGAUGCUUGUCUCUUUCAGUACGUGGAGCUGGUGGAUGUAUACCGGUACAUGAACUACUGGGUGCAGACUUCGAUCGCUCACUCCAAGGAUCGACCGCAAAAUUUGCUGAGGAUCAUGAAUGUCGAGGAGAUCUCCGGUGGAUUGAUGAUCCUCGGAAUCGGACUCGUGCUGGCGAUUGCUGUGUUUGCCCUGGAGCUGGGUAUAGUGGGUUUCAGGAAAACGUCGGUGUACAGAGUGAUAUGUUUGAAGUGGAAAUCGAUAAAACACAGCUGCUGGAAUGUGAAUAACUUAAUGAGGAACUCGCUGGAUUCAGUAAAUUAAGAUUAAUAUUUAAG